AUGUGGAAAAGCAGAAAAAUUAUUUAUAAAAUUCUGAUUGAGAAUAAUCUNUGGUUUUGCUUAUAUUUCAUUCAUAUUUUAAUUUAUAAAAAAACAUCUACAGUUGCAUACAAAAUGUUAGUGUUUCAAUAUAGAAAUAGAAGAUACUUGGACUUUUGUGACCUAAUGGAUCUGGUAAAUCAACAGUUUUGAAUAUACUAACAUCAUUAAUUAAUAAGAGUAGUGGAUAUGCUAAAAUAAAAAAUGAAGAAGUUCAUAGAGGAAAACAGAUAUUUUAAGAUGUUGGUAUAUGUACAUAAUUUGAUUGCAUUUUGGAGAAUUUAACACCAAAAGAACAUUUAUAUUUAUUUGUUAGAAUGAAAGGAUUAUCUGGAGAUGAUUUAACAGAGUCAGUUAUAGGUUUAUAUUACAUACGUUUUUAAUCAAUUCAAUUAGAAGAGUAUAUAAAUAGAUAAAGUGGUUGA